GUCUCACAGAGGGAAUUUUUCAAAUCGAGAAGAAGCGCUCUUGUGUGUGUGCGGCGGAGAGGAAGUUAACAACACCGACAAUGCAGAGAGCAGGCAAAGGGAAGACUCCUCGGAGGCAUGGCCCAAAAAAGGCAUCCAACAUAGACAAAGAUCCUGUUGGAGUGUACUGCCGUAUACGUCCACUUGGAGCAGAAGAUGAGGAGUGUUGUGUUGAGAUGAUCAGCAGCUCCACCAUUCAGAUACAUGCUCCCGAUGGCCUUAAAGCCAACCGUAAUGGGGAAUACAAAGAGACACAGUACUCCUUUAAAAAAGUAUUUGGUAUUAAUACCACUCAAAUGGAGCUGUUUGAGGAUGUUGCCAGGCCACUGGUAGAGGACCUCAUUCAUUGUAAGAAUGGUCUCUUAUUUACGUAUGGUGUUACUGGAAGUGGUAAGACCUUCACCAUGACCGGCUCACCUGGAGAAGGUGGACUCCUCCCCCGUUCUCUAGACAUGCUCUUCAACAGCAUCGGCCCCUUCCAGGCCAAAAGAUUUGUGUUUAAACCAGAUGACAAAAAUGGGAUGGAGAUCCAGGGUCAAGUGGACGCACUGCUGGAGAGACAGAAGCGAGACAGUCAACAGUCGGUGCCCAAAACACCAUCCUCCAGGCAGAAGGCUGCUGACCCAGAGUUUGCAGAUAUGAUCAGCUCAGAGGAGGCGUGUAAAUCUGAGAAUGUGGAUGAAGACUGUUGUUACAGCGUCUUUGUGUCCUACAUCGAGGUCUACAACAACUAUAUCUAUGAUCUCCUGGAAGAUGCUCCAUUUGACCCAAUCAGACCAAAACCACCUCAAUCCAAGAUUCUCCGAGAGGAUCAGAAUCAUAACAUGUAUGUGGCUGGCUGCACAGAAGUUGAGGUGAAAUCUACAGAAGAGGCUUUUGAAGUCUUUUGGAAGGGACAAAAGAAAAGGAGAAUAGCCAACACUCAACUCAACCGGGAAUCCAGUCGCUCCCACAGUGUGUUCACGGUGAAGCUGGCCCAGGCACCCCUUGAUGCUGAUGGGGACCACAUUCUACAGGACAAAAACCAGGUGAAUGUGAGUCAGCUGUGUCUGGUUGACCUGGCAGGCAGUGAGCGCACUAGCAGAACCAGAGCAGAGGGAAGCCGCCUCCGUGAAGCAGGUAAUAUCAACCAGUCCUUGAUGACACUGCGCACAUGCAUGGAAGUCCUGCGUGAAAACCAGAUGUGUGGAACUAAUAAGAUGGUGCCAUACAGGGACUCUAAAGUUACACAUCUGUUUAAAAACUACUUUGAUGGAGAAGGAAAAGUCAGGAUGAUUGUGUGCGUCAACCCAAAGGCUGAUGAUUAUGACGAAACAAUGCUGGUCAUGCGCUUUGCAGAGAUGACCCAGGAGGUGGAGGUAGCGCGGCCGGUUGACCGCCCAAUCUGUGGCCUCGCAGCAGGACGCAGACACAGAAACCAGGUCUUCAGAGAUGAGCUGUCACGUCGCCUGGAAGAGCAAGGAGGUCCCAGUAAUGCAGAUGACCACGGUCUGCUGAAUCAGCUCAUAGAAAGCCUUCCAGCCCUGCCUCCCUGUGAGCUGGUGGACCCAGCUGAUGAUCAGACGUUGCCACGCCUGAUGGAGGUGCUGGAAAGGAGGCAUCGUGUCCGUCAGAUGAUGACCGAGCAGUACAACAAAACGGCCAGUACACUGGCGUCCAUGCUUCAGCAGUUAGACGGUCAGAUCAGUGCAAAGGAGACCUUCCUCCAUGAUCAACGAAACAGACUGGGCGAGAAAGACAAAGUCAUCAUCAACCAGAGGACGGAGAUAGAACGAUUAGAGAAAAAAUCCAAAACUCUGGAAUACAAGAUCGACAUCCUGCAGAAAACAACGGACAUGUAUGAGCACGACAAACGCUCACUUAAGCAUGAGCUGGAGACACGGGAGCAAAGGCUACAGAGAGAGCUGUCAGAGAGGAGGCGCAUGGAGCAGCGCAUGCACGGCAUGGUGACUGACACCAAACUCAAGUGGGAGAAGGAGUGUGAGAGGCGAGUGAACGCCAAGCAGCUAGAGAUGCAGAACAAAUUGUGGGUGAAGGAUGAAAAGUUGAAACAGCUCAAGGCCAUAGUGACAGAGAGCAGCGGUGGUGGCACUGAGCGUCCAGAGAAGCCUGAAAGGCCUUCAAGGGAGAGAGAUCGCAACAUCGGCCAGAAGCGGUCUGCCUCACCCUCCCCACUUCCUGACUUCAGCCAAACUCCCUCCCACCAAAAUCCAGCCAGUGUUAGGGCAGUUCAGGACCCUUACCCUUCCUCCACCACAUCCUCCUCUUCAGCCUAUCCUUCAGUAGCCUCCUGCAUCUCUGAUUGGGAGCAGAGGUUCCCUGUAGACUCAAGCAGCCAGGCUAGGCAGCCUGGGACUCCCCAGUGCAGGACCCGGAACCCCACCCCAUGCCACAGCACCAGCAGCGUGGGUCGCAGGAGAGGCCAGCGCUGGGCCCCAGGCACUGAGGCCCCUGCUACGACUCUAGUCUAUGGGCUAGACCUAGAGGCAGGCACAAGGACGGCUCCUCCAGUUCAUCCAAUGCACAGACGCUCACACUCUGCGGGUGGAGACAAAUGGGUAGACCACAAACCAACUUCUAAUUUGGACCUAGACACUGUCUUGCAGCCAAUCAUACCCAAUGCAAUCAAGGUGUCGACCCCGAACGAGAAAGCUCUGUCUAAAUGCCAAAAGUAUGUGCUUAGACAUCAAGAGCUUGCCUCCGACGGGGAGAUCGAGACCAAAUUGAUCAAGGGUAAUGUUUUUAGGACCAGAGGUGGAGGACAAGCUGUGCAGUUCACUGACAUUGAGACACUAAAACAAGAAUGUGCAUCAGCAUCAAGUCGCAAGAGGCGUUCAGGGUCUGGAGAAGGACCGGCACAAAUGGAGAACAUGGAAAACAGGCCUCCAGUGGCAAGCACAAGCCAUGGGUAUCAAAAACGCAGAAAGCCUUAAGUUGCUGUACAUAUGAAGGACCUUUUUAAAAACAUGCAAGAUUUUGCCCGACUAUCUGAACAGUGAAGGGACCGCCGUGUGAAACUAUGCAUCUUUUUUGAGAGUCAGAAUUUUUCUAUUCUGUCUGAUCUUAGCACAAAUUAUUAGAAUAUUUCACUUGUAUUUGCUGGAUUAGUAUGCUUUUUGAAUGCUGGAAUUAUUUCUUAAAGACAUGGACAUAUUAAAUAGCCCCAUAUGAAUAUUCAGUGAUAAAUGUAAUGUUUUAUUACUACUUCAUCUUCUUCUGCCUUUCACUGUUACCCAAAGAUUGAAAUAUUUUAGCUUUAGAGCAAUAGAAAAUGUUUAUUUUUUACUUUUACUUUAUAGUGCCAUUGCUUGCUCUGUGCUGCAUUUCUUGGAUGUUAGUCAGCAUAUGGCUGCUUUCAAAAAACACCGUUUCAGAAUUACAAUGUGUAGAUUAACUGUAAAUAUAGAACUGUUAUUAGGUUUCACUGAAAUCAAUCUGAUCAUCUGUAAAUAUUUCACGCUUUUUACCUGUUUAUUACAACAACUAAGAUCUGUAGCACUACCCUUUUUGGUGGCAUUAAAUUUAUUCAAACUCAAA